GGACCAGUCGCCCUCCGCCAACUCGGGGUUUCCCCAGAGGCCAUAAAAGCCGCCCGGCGAGCGCAUGGCUCGCCAGAUCUGCCCGGUAGCGGCGGCUUUCGCGACCCGCCUCUGCUUACGUUGGGCUCAGACCGGGCCCGCCCCGGGCGCUUGGCUCUUGCGCCCCAGCUGAUGCGCCCCGCUGGUGCGUUUUUACGCACGGCUCCAACAGUUGGGCACCGGGUCCCCGGGCUGUGAGCCCCGGGGCGGCGGCAGGGGAGGGGGGUCCGUGGCACCAUGGCCGACCCCCAGCCGCUAGCCCUCCGCGCCCGCCUCAGCUACUCGGUGGGCCACUUCCUGAACGACCUCUGCGCCUCCAUGUGGUUCACCUACUUGCUGGUGUAUUUCCACUCCGUCCUGGGCUACAGCACCAGCCACGCGGGGGCGCUCCUGCUAGCCGGGCAAGUGGCCGACGGCGUCUGCACGCCCCUGGUGGGCUACGAAGCGGAUCAGGCCGGCGGCUGCGGGCGCUACGGGCGGAGGAAAUCGUGGCAUUUGACCGGGACUAUCUGUGUUCUUCUCUCCUUUCCCUUUAUCUUCAACCCUUGCUUGGGUUGCUCAGAGAACACACCUGAGUGGGCUGCCCUCAUCUACUUCAUCCCAUUCAUUGUCAUCUUCCAGUUUGGCUGGGCAGCCACCCAGAUCUCCCACCUCUCACUCAUCCCGGAAUUGGUCACCAGCGAUCAUGAGAAGGUGGAGCUUACAGCUUUCAGGUAUGCCUUCACCGUUAUGGCCAACAUUACAGUGUAUGGUGUGGCAUGGCUGCUCUUACACUUCCAGGUAGAUGGCACGGGAGCACAAGACCACAAACAGCAUCUUGGACGAGAAGACAUCCCUGUGUUCCGGAACCUGGCUCUCAUUGUGGUGUGUGUAGGUGCCAUCUUUUCGCUCCUCUUCCACCUUGGUACCAAGGAGGAAAAACGCCGACUUCUCAGAUUGCCUGACCCUGAGGAAAACACCCCACUGUUGUCUCCAAACCAAAAGAGCACUGUUCGGCCUCUCCUUCUUUGGAAACAUUGGCUUUUGGAACCUGCCUUCUAUCAGGUGGCAAUGGUGUACAUGUCGACCCGGCUCAUUGUCAACCUCUCUCAGACCUACAUUGCAAUGUACCUCACCAACUCACUCUUUCUCCCAAAGAAAUACAUCGCCACGAUCCCCUUGGUGAUGUACAUCAGUGGCUUUCUCUCAUCCUUUUUGAUGAAAUCUCUGAACAGACUGAUUGGCAGGAAUUUUACCUACAUGCUGGGACUGCUGAUCAUUUUGGCAUUUGCUUCCUGGAUAGCCCUGGCUGGACAGCUUGGCGCUGAGGUUUAUGGGGCAGCUGUUUUAUUGGGGACAGGAUCAGCAACCAUUCUGGUGACGUCCCUCUCCAUGACAGCAGAUCUCAUUGGCACCAACACGCACAGUGGUGCCUUCGUCUAUGGGGCAAUGAGCUUCACUGACAAACUUGCCAAUGGGUUCGCAGUGAUGUUGAUCCAGAACCUGCAUCCUUGCCCGAGUCAACUCUGUUGCACCAGCUGCGUGGCUUUCUACCACUGGGUGAUGGUGGCAGUCACUGGUGGCAUGGCUGUAGUGGCCACCCUGUUCCUUUCAAGCAUUAUGAUAUGGCCAAUCCGUGUCAGGUUCCAUGAUAUUUCGAUUGUGGGGCUGGCGGGCACAGGAUCAGGAGAACUCGGGCAUCCGGAAGAAGCCGAGCGUUCUGGUGUGGUCAACUGAGAGGCUGUCCCAUAGGAAGGAGGAAGCCAGAGCAGGACAAAAGAUCCAGCAGUCAAGGUGUCUUCGACCUGAUCCAAUUUAGGGUCACACGUAGUGCUUGGUGCUGCGGACUAAACAUUAGUAGCUAUUUAUCUCCGCCUCUGUUCCCACUCAAGCGUGUUUUGCACAAGUUUCCCCCAACUGGAAGGAAACUUCUACCCCCUUCCUUCCUUUGCACACCGAACAUUUAAGUUAUUUGAGCUCAUGGAAGAAUACAUUCCUCAUCUAAUCCUUUCUCCUCCCUCCCUCCCCCUCGACUUCACCAACGAUGCCAGAUCACUUUUUUAUAUAUAUGUGGUCUUAUUUAAAAAAGAAAAAGAACAAGAAUAAAGAUUCUGAUUUUUAUGGCAAUAUAA